CCCAACCACUCCUCUAUCUCCAUGCCUACCUCAGCUCCUACAGUUGCAGCUACUUAUCCUCAAGCCCAAUCAUGUCGCGAUUUAAACCCCCAAAGAAGCUACAGGCCGGGCGCUGAGGUCCAGAUUCAGCACAGACAUUCUUGAUGUAGUCAAGUGGUUCGAUGCUGUUCCAGAACUCGCGGCUGAAUUAAAGUGGCAUUCCUGAGGGUACGGCAACUCCCUCUUGCUGAGGCAGUUGUUUGUCGUAGUAGUGACACAUGUCUACCAAGCCAGCUGACAACUUGGAAUGUAUCAAGAUUUGAGUGCCUACCUCGGUAGGAAUUGUGCCUGCCCUUCCGAAGGACUCGAGGCAUAUCGAAGAUUGAAGGGCUGGGUCCGAAUGACCUUGUCGACUAAGAAAAGUAUUUAGUCAAACGCAGCCCUACGUCCUUUCGAAGUGUUUCUAUUAUUCAAAGCAGCUCAAUUCCUUUGACCUUAGCGAUCAGCAUCCUCAUUUUUCAGCAAAUUAUUUUAUCAAGUUUCUACAGCGAACAUACUCGCGAUAAUGUCAUCUACAGCACCCCAGACCGAUGAUGUCAGCCGACCUCCGGUGGAGAGUGUUGAAGAUGUCGCGACUUUGCUUGGCGCACCGGCAAACCUCAGCAGUCUUCUCUCGAACUCUGCCAAAGUGUACAAGACUGUGACCGCCAGUGCCAUCAGUAUCCUGGAAAAGACUGCAGUCGAUCUGAAUGCAUUCGCGAGCGCGGACCCGGAGGACAAGAGCACAGGCAUGCGCCAGCUCAUCGAGACAGUGAAGGCCGACUUCAACCGAUUCGCCGACAGAGAGGUUGAUCUCUGCAAGAAUCUCAAGUCAUAUAGCAUCUUGCUCAACACCUUGGUACCGAGACUUGGAGUUUCCGUACUUGCAAAAACUGUGAAUGUUCGGGUUGAAGCUUUCCGCAAAGAAAUGAAUGCGGAUGCAGACGAGCGUGCGGCUCGUGCAGCCCAGAUUCUCAAGCACGUUGACACUCUCGACGCUCGCAUAACCGAGGCGGCAUUCAGAGUAGCAGUGCUAGGCCAACAAGCCGACGCAAUGGACGAGCAGCUGCGGCACCAGAAUGUAGGGCGAAUCCUCAUCAACGCCCUCAAAGCCCUCUUUUGCCUGGUAGACGACGAAGACGGCGCCCUGACACAGCUGUCCAUCAUCUUGGGUAUCGCGAAGAGCUUUCUGCAGGGCGACUUCGACAUGUUGUUCAAGAAUAAGAAGGAGAUGCAAGCCUUCAUCGACAAAGUCAAGGCCCUGCAGGCCACCCUCGAGGCGGUCAAGCAGUCCAUGAAAUCGAUGUCUGGGGGCAUGAAGACCUCAGUUAGUGCCAAUGCCGCCCUUAUUCGUGUCUGGGACAUCAUCGCGGAGAACACUGCCUCUCUCCGCACCAGUGCCGAGGAGACUGUUGGCGCGCCCGAUCAACUCAAGAUCAAAGUUAGUUGGCAGAAGGCGCAAAGUGCGGCAGACGAAGCAAUCAAUACAAUCACAGGGGGCGCAACCCUUUCAAACACCUGGUCUACUGAGCUCAGGGCCGCCACGAGCAGCGUGGCACAAUCUUCUGUUCCGUUUCCCACAUCGCGAGCGGAAUUGGAGCUCUUCACCCUGGCUGGAGACGUAGGUGUCGAUCAUAUGCUAGUCGAGCCCAAGAAAUACAACGCAUUAACUCACCUAGCACAAGUACCCCAGAUCACCGAGAAAUACUUCACGGUGUUCUCAAAUAUGGCUGCAAAUUCAGCAGAUUCAGCCUCCGAUGACUCGCAGAAAAAGAUAGAGGAGAUCAUGAAGCAGCUUGGCCCGCCAGCCACAGAGAGUAUCAAAGAACAGCUGAACACACUCGCUGGAGAUUGCAACCAGGUCAAGAACACCUUCUCCAACAUUCUCCAGGUCCCCUUUCUCCAGAACCUGAGCAUCCUCAACCCGUUCAAAGUCGGAAAUUCCGAGGAGAAGGAUUCUAUCAACAUGCGUGAGGUUGUGCAGCGCUACAAAGAUAAAUACGACAGCCUGCAAGACAAGACUGUGGUGGCGGUAAAGGGUCUCAUCGCCUAUUCCACCAUCCAGAUUGCACUGCUGCCCCGCGUGGAACUCGACGCCGAGAAAGCGGCCAACCUGAAGGUCGGCGAUGGCAAACUGUCCGUAGAUAAUUACUACAAGGCUUGCAGCAACGCGAUCAGCAGUCAUCUGGCGAAGGCAACCGAGAUACGUCAGGAACAUACCAGGUUCCUGAAUGAGUGGCAGAAGGCGCAGACCAACAUUGUGCAGAGGAUUAACGAGUGCAAGGCCACGGCCGCGGACCUGAAAAAGCGCAUCCAGGAGAAGAACGACGAGUAUCGGCACAAGACCAUUUUCGGUAUUCUCGAGAUCAUAGGAGGUCUGGCAUGCUUUGCGAUUGGCUUCUGCCUGCCUUUCAUGGCCCCUAUUGCAUGGGGUGUUGGAGUUUCCUUAAUUGGUGUGGGAAUCCAAGAGUUGGUUGACCGCGGCUUGAUCGACGAUGCGAUAGCAGAGUUGACAAGCCAGUUCAACGCUGCCACCUCUGCAGCGAAUCAACUGGAGAUACUCAAAACGCCCUUCCAAGCCGUCGAGUCCAAGAUCCAAAAUCUCGUGGGCAUUUGGAACGGCAUCGAAGACUCCCUCAUGAAGAUCAACAUGAACGUUUCCACGCUCCAAGGCGCCGAGCCCGGCGUCAUUGAGAACAUUUGGAGCGCCCUUCUCCCAGUGAAUACCAAGAACUGGCAGGACUGCAAGAAUAUGUGUACGCAGUAUGUCAAUGCCAUUGCUUGAUGAGCUUUUUUCGGGAGGGGACAGGAUUAGCUUUUGGAUAUAUAGGUAGCUACCUAAUCUAGGCAGGUGCCUAGGGAGGUAAAGAUGAAAGGUGGCAUCAUGAAGCAAUAAUGAAGGUAUUAGGACAAGGGAUUAAAUGGAUGGAGUUGGAGCCAUCUAGUUUAGGAAAGACUGCAAGACCUUAUAGUUACCUAGUAGGUACCUAAUUAACGUGUGGUACUUAGGCGACAUUCGCGAGACGAUGUGCAGACAAUGAU